UAUCCCCUCAACCUACCUAUAAGUAAUCUUCACUUGCAAUGCCUGUGUGCGGCCCUUGUCACGAUGCUAUUUGCGACAUCUACCCCAAGGUAGAAGCCAUCCAUCCCAAACGGGAAACUACCGUAGCGUACCCUUCAUUCGACCCAGACGCUGAGGGAAAAUGCUGGAUCUGCAUCAAACACGCUGGUUUCUUAGAGAAUUACUUCCCCGCAGUUUAUGAACGAUGGCUCAAACAAACAUGAAUUGCUAGUCACUUUCAAGCUGAUUUCGCUUCUCUCGAGCAAGAGGCACAACCAAGAACUCGUCAUAGCCCUUCCGACGAAAUUUUGCCACCUGACAGUCGUGGUCGUCAAAACUUGGAGGUUCGUCAGUUGAUCAUAAUCCGCAAUCACGGAGGCGACGAAAAGUCAGGCUGCCUGGUAGAGCUCAAGUUUUACAAGCAAGGAGGUUCCAGAGACAAGCUUAUAUGCUGAGGAUUGCGCUUCGAACCUUAUCAAUAUUCCUCAAAUCCAAGAUUGGAUAAGCAAUUGCAGACAACUACAUACAGCAUGCUGCUCACCCCUGCGUGUAGAUUGGUAUCCCACUCGUCUGCUAGACUUAGCUGGAGAUGAGGGCAUGAUAAAUGUAGUUCUCCUCCAAGAAGAAAGACCCGCCGGGCCGUACAUGACACUGAGUCAUCGGUGGAGCAACUAUACAUAUGAGAAGCUCACUUCUCAGUCGCUCAGUCGCUUCAGGCGCUCUAGAGAUACGUCGCGUCUGCCACGCGUCUUCCAGCAAGCAAUUGAGGUCACGAGAUUACUUCAGAUUCGUUACCUUUGGAUAGACUCACUUUGCUUUAUGCAAGAUACUGCCUGUGGAGACUGGAAGGCGGAAGCCUUAAAGAUGGGCGACGUAUACGCGAAUUCAUUUCUAAACCUAUCGGCUUCAUAUACAGCUGGCGAAGGCGAAAACCCAUCGAUCUUUUCCCCUGAGUCCUGGAAUCACGUCCUCCCCUCUGAGCUCGUCCUGAAGAAUAACGAAGAACUGCGAAGUAAUAUCUUUAUUGAUGGAGACUUAUGGAAUGAUGAGGUUGGCGAAUCACCAUUGAUGGAACGUGGCUGGGUUUUUCAGGAGCAAUUCCUAGUACCUCGUGUGCUUCACUUCGGGAUGCGGCAACUGGCUUGGGAAUGCAACGGAGGAGGUGCACUCCAAAUGUUUCCGACUGGCCUACCACCUCGCUUUGAGGAUAACUAUAAGAAGGAUAUAUGUUGGCCCAUGAUGAGACCGAUGAACACAUUGAGUUCAGAGGAGUUUUGCAGUCGCUGGCAUGAGAUCGUCACUGCUUACUCGGCCUGUCACCUCACAUUCAAUACGGAUAAGCUUAUCGCUUUUGCCGGGAUUGCCAAAACUAUCCAAUCCGUGGGAAGUGAUGAGUACAUCGCAGGAAUGUAGAAGACCACAAUCAUCGCUGAUCUUUCAUGGUGGGUCUAUAAAGCCAACGGCUGUCUGCCUUCAGGCCAUCAAGCGGCUCAUCGUGCCCCUAGCUGGUCAUGGCUUUCUUCAGACAGGCAGAUAUGUUUUCACCCCCACCCAUCAGCACACCAUAAACAAGAGUACUUUUGUCGUGUCAUUAAAACUCCGGCAAGAGAGGCAGCCGGGGUUUCGGUCCUUAGUGCAAACGGUAUCCUCGAGCUACAAGGGCUCGUUCUCCCCGUCGAUUCCCUCGAGUGGCAUAACAUGGAAGUCAAAUCCUUUAAGAUAGGCAAUUUCCAGUUCAACUCCUGUGGAGGGCCAGAAAGCACAAACUUUUAUUAUGAUGGUCCUAGAGCAGACGUCAUGAGUCUUGAGUCUCAGCAGCAGCUUUUUGUGCUUCCACUCUACGCAACUGGGAGACUCAUAGUUGGCAUUUUGGUCUCGAAUUUGUAUACUCACCCAGGCUGGCGCAGAGUAGGUGUGGUAAGCAUCCAAUAUCAAAACAUUCCACCAGAGCUCCAUGCUCCAGCUCUUGAUGGAUGGACGUAGAUUCUUGAUUCUCGUUGGGCAAUCCAUAUCGAUGGUUACAGGCUUUAUCAUGACAUUUCUACAGCCUUUCAGGGAGGCGAGGUCACUAGUAUCAAGCUAGUAUAAGUAGUGUUAUAUAGCCUUAAUGUCGAUGCUAAAUAGUAUAUAC